CGGCGCCUUCUGCACCGUCGGGUUACAUCGCGCUGGUGACGUUGCCUUCCCUCAGCGAGGUCAAUGAAACCUUCGUGGGAAAACGUGCCUUGAUCAGCGGCUGGGGAAGAAAGGGUGACUUCGAGGACCAUUCUGAGACUCUUCAGUAUACUGAGGUGACGGUUAUUCCCAAUGCAGUAUGCGAGCAGAUGUAUGAACCAGGAUUCAUUCUUGAAAGUACGCUGUGUGCCGGAAACGAAAACAGAGGCAUCUGCAGUGGCGACCAUGGCGGACCACUUGUCCUCAAGUCCAAAGAUGGCUACAAGCAGAUCGGCAUUGCCAGUUUUUACUAUGAGAAGUGUGAAGUACCUGUACCUGGUGGCUACUCCAGGGUAACAUACUUCCUCGACUGGAUCACAAGAACUGCUCAAAUCAGUGUCACCUGAGACGGUGGUAUUGACUGUGGCACAGUUUCGUCACUAGAUCGCAUUCCAUAUGUAUUUUAAUUACAAUGAAAAAUGUCAGAACAGAACACUUAAUAAUGGCCAAAAAAUACGUUCUCAGACCAAUGUCCAACUGAAUGCUAACGUAGCAUAAAUGCUACAUUCAUUUUUCCCUUUUUCAUCUCAUGGAGUAGACUGAAACUCGCUGUCCUCGAUUGUAGCAUACACCAUGUGCUUUAUAUAAAUCAGUUGUUUUUCUCUCUGAAUGUUU